AUGGGCAACCAGGGAGGAUACACAACACAGCCACAAAUGAUGCCCCAGCAGCAGCAGCAGCAAAAGAAGAGUGGCGGAGGUAUGAGAAAGGUCUGGGAUAUAAUCAAGAGGAUUUUCAAUGCUAUAAUUUUCGGUUUUGGUGCGACGAUUGGUAGUAAGAUAGCGAAUGCCAUAUUCUAA